AUGGCGGACGAGAAGACCUUCCGCAUCGGCUUCAUUGUGCUGGGGCUCUUCCUGCUGGCCCUUGGCACGUUCCUCAUGAGCCACGACCGGCCUCAGGUUUAUGGCACCUUCUACGCCAUGGGCAGCGUCAUGGUGAUCGGGGGCGUCAUCUGGAGCAUGUGUCAGUGCUACCCCAAGAUCGCCUUUGUCCCUGCUGACUCCGAAUUCCAAGGCAUCCUGUCCCCGAAGCCACCGGGCUUGAUGGAGAACGGACUCGCUGCCGAGAUGAAGGGCCCCCAGCCCCCCUACGUAAGGCUGUGGGAGGAAGCUGCCUAUGACCAGAGCCUGCCCGACUUCAGCCACAUCCGGAUGAAGGUCAUGGGCUACAGCGAAGAUCCCCGCCCCCUGCUGGCCCCUGAGCUGGGACAGCAGCAGCUGGAAGCUGGUGAUAGAGGGGAAGGUGGCCCUCGUGAGGCUCAGGCCUGGAUGGAGGCUGCCGUGGUCAUCCACAGGGGCUCGGAUGAGGUCGGGGGAGAAAGAAACCCAACUCAGAGCAGUCCUAGCCCCCCAGCCUGUCCCCAGGGCCCCGCACCCUUGGCGUCCUUCCAGGAUGACCUGGAUGUGGGCUCCAGCGGGGGCGGCAGCCCCAGUCCCUCUCCACCUGAGGGGGAGGAGCCUGAACCCUCGCCGCGGGAGCCCUGGGCCUGCAGGUGCCAACUGGACCGCUUCCACGACUUUGCUCUGAUCGAUGCCCCCAUGUCGGAGGACUCACCUCCAGAGGGGCAGUGGCAGGAUGCAGCCUCACCCUGCUACUGGGAACGGUCCCCGAGGACAAAAGAGGAGGAGGCGGCUUCGGACACAGGUGCAGAGGAGCCGGAGAAGGAGGAAGAAGACUUGUACUAUGGGCUGCCGGACAGUCCCGGGGACCCCCUCCCAGACAGAGAGCUGGACUUUGAGCUCGAUGCCCAGGGCUUAGAUGGAACUGCCCCUGGCACCGGGGCUGCGGCAGCUGCUUCAGAGGAAGGGGCAGCGGCACUACCUCAAACCAGGUCCACACCCUUCGAGCUUGCCCUCUGGGCCACCUCGGACGGGGAGACCUUCUCCUGGGCUGGGCCUCUGGGUCAGGACUGGGAGGCCCGGCAGUGGGAAAGGGAAGCCCUCCAUGCUGGGUCAGAAGGGCACAGCUCCCCUGGACUCUCCCGUUUCCUUCUGGGUCAUUCUACCUCCAGUAUGAAAGCCUGGGCAGUGAAAGGUGUUGCCGGGCACAUCCUCUGCGCCGUAACUGACGUUCCCACCCAUGACCCGGGUCAUCAGACGGCGGUUGACCAUGCGGCACAGCUGUGUGGUGUGGCCCCGGUGUCCCUGAAUCAUCAGGGUAGGGCAUUGUCCAGACCUUACCCAGAAAUCCAAGGGCCGCUGGCUGCAGGCCCACCAAGCAGGGAGGCGCCAACCCCAUCCUGGGAAGUGGUGCUGAGGACUUGGGGCAGCAGAGGGAGAUGCCGGGACUCGGGCUUCGGCUCCAGUCCCGGAUCCCCACCCCCUUGCUGUGUAUGGGGAGCCGAUAUGCCGCUCUGCCCGGAACAGCCCCGGUUAUGCCCUGUCCCUGCUUCGUUAUUAGUGGUGCCCCCUUUCACUCUCAAAGCCAUCCCAUUUGGACAAUAA